UUAUCACCAUCAUCAAUAAUCACAGCAUCAUCAUCAACAACAACAAUCAUAACGUUAUCAACAUCAUCGACGAUCACAACAUCAUCAUUAUCAACAAUCAGAGCAUCAUCGUCACCAUCAACAAUUACAACACAAUCACCAAAAACAAACACAACAUCUUCACCAUCAACAGUCACAACAUCAUCAUUAUCAACAAUCAUAACAUCAUCACCAUUGUCAACAAUUACAACACAAUCACCAAAAACAAACACAACAUCUUCACUAUCAACAGUCACAACAUCAUCAUCAUCAACAACAAUCACAACAUCUUUGUUAUCAACAAUCACAACAUCAUCAACAGCAAUUCCAACAUCUUCAUUAUCAACAACGACAAUAUCAUCACCAUUAACAACAAUCACCACACCAUCAACAGCAAUCACAACAUCUUCAUUAUCAACAACGACAACAUCAUCAUUAUCAACAACCAGAGCAUCAUCGUCAUCAUCAACAAUUACAACACAUUCACCACAAACAAACACAACAUCUUCACUAUCAACAGUCACAACGUCAUCAUUAUCAACAAUCACAACAUCAUCAUUAUCAACACUCACAACAUCAUCGUCAUCAUCAACAAUCACAACACAAUCCCCACAAACAAACACAACAUCUUCACUAUCACCAGUCACAACAUCAUCAUUAUCAACACUCACAACAUCAUCGUCAUCAUCAACAAUCACAGCACAAUCACCACAAACAAACACAACAGCUUCACCAUCAACAGUCACAACAUCUCCAUCAUCAUCAACAAUCACAAAAUCUUUAUCAACAAUCACAACAUCAUUGUCAUCAUCAACAAUCACAACGCCAUCAACAGCAAUUCCAACAUCUUCAUUAUCAACAAUGACAACAUUAUCACCAUUAAAAACAAUCUCAACAUCAUCAUUCUUAUUAACAAUCACAACAUCAUCACCAUUAUCAACAAUCACAACACCAUCAACAGCAGUCACA